UCUCUCCGUCUCUGUACCCAUUCUCCCCGUCUCCCUUUGCCUCUAACCCUCAGUCUCUCGAGCUCAAUCCCUCUGCCUCCAACUCCGUGGUUCUCCCUGUCUCUGUGCAUCUCUUUGCGCUUUCUCUUCCUGUCUCUCUCCUGUAUUUCUGUCUCUUACUCCGUGUAUCUUGAGACCCUCUUCUGGCACCUUGACCCCAUCGUCAUCUCAUUCCAAAUUCUGGUGCAUCCCCAAGCUUUCCGCUGGGCUGAGGAGCUGCUUGGGAGUAGGAGGGGGGGGAGUAGGGUUGCCUUGGGACAGGUGGACUCUGAGGGACACUGUAACCCCAGUGCCCCCUUUAGAGAGUCACCCCACUGCUCCUGAGGUCGCACCCACCCCACCCUCCAAUUUCAGGAAUUCCUGGCUGGGGGGGUAGACUUCCUCCCCCACUUCCUCCCUUCCAGGAUUUGGCUAGGUCACCAUUAACUCCUUCCUGCCUCCACCUCACUCCCCCCACCCCCUGCUUGCACUGGACAUCCCACCACCCCCAACAAGGCUGAGGGACAGCUCUGGAAUUUCUGUGAGCCACUGUUCGUGGUGGGAUGUGUGUUGUGUACUCAGGCAGGAUGUGCGCUGGGGGAUUUACUUGCUGGCACAGAUGGAGAUGAUAGGGGCCACUCCCUAGCGCCCCCACGCCACUCGACCCCCACCACCAGCCCCCCUCCUCCUGAACCCACCAAGAGGGUACCUCCCAAGCUCUGUCUCUGCAGAUGAACUCAACUUCAGGUUUGGGUUGAGGAUGGGGAGGUUUCCCUUUCUGAAGGGUCCCAGUAGGAGGAAAUGAGAGGGAUGAUGGGUGGCUCUUGAGCUCUGGGAAUCGUAAUCAAGAACCGUUAGGUGUGGUCUUUGAAAGGAAGGAUUCAGGAUGUGAGAAUGAUCAGAGGGAGGACUGGGGUUCCACAACCUUCAAAUCACAAGUCCUCAGGAUAUAUGAAUCCUUCAAUCCAAAAAGAUUAGUGUCGGAAUCUUGGGCAGCUUUCAGUGUUCCAAGCAGAGAGAGCUCAAAGGGCUUACCGAGCCAUCGAGGUCAAGCACCCAUGUUACAGAUGGGAAAACUGAGGCCCAGGAGCCGAAGUCCUCACAAUGAGUCCGUGCCAUUUCAACUGAAGCCCAAAUCCAGAGAGCUGGCUUCUUUUGCUGCCACUAAGUCGGAUUAAUUUGGGAAAAGAGGUCUUCACAGUGAGGAGGGAAGAAUGCCAGGGCACUGUAAAGUCAGCUUUGAACUGUGAGGCGGGCCACCUCAUCCCAACUGCUCAGUUCCCACCACGACCAAGCCGGAGCCCUACCCCUGCCCCCCUCAAAUUCCUCACUCCAUCCGUAAUCCUUCUCCAUAAUAGCCCUUACUCACCUCCUUCCUGUUUCUUAAACACCCUUCCCAUUUCCCAGACGGAGGGUACCUCUUCUUCCAUAAUGUUCUCUUCAUCAGUCACCUUGUUUCCUUCUUUCUUGUGGGGGUCCUAGGAAGCGCCAGCGCCCCGACUGACCGUGCCUGGUGUUUUCCACCCUCCCUAACUGUAGUCUGUCCUGUCUCAACACUAUCGCAUAUAUUUCACGCAUCUUCCACACCCCCAUCACUUCACUGUGGCCAAACAGUACUUUCUGCUGAUGCCUUCAUCUCCUCCAUAAACACCCCCCUCAGCCAAUUCUUGUGCUACCCCAAAACUCCCUCAUUUACAUUCUGAUUGGGUCUAUAAACACCCCCUUGACAAAGCUCCUUUUUUUUAAUCCCACCAUCCCCCGCCCUGAGCUUCCCUCCUGUCAUAAUUCUAUCCUUCCUCCGACUUUUCCCUCUCAAGCUCUACCCUUCCCCGCCCAGGCUAGCCCACGAUUCAGGGUCACCCUCACCUCUUCCCUGUGGACUGCCCCCCACCAUGUUCCCCUGAGCCUCCAAGGAGGGGGCUCAGGGGGCCCGAUGGCCUCCCGCCCCCCGUGGCCCUACAGCCCCCGUGGGCCAGGGGAAGUGCCUCAGAAGGCCCAGCGCCGAGGAUGGGCAACCGCACGUGGGACGGCUGCCAUGUGGACUCGCGCGUGGACCACCUCUUCCCGCCGUCCCUCUACAUCUUCGUCAUCGGCGUGGGGCUGCCCACCAACUGCCUGGCCUUGUGGGCAGCCUACCGCCAGGUGCGGCAGCGCAACGAGCUGGGGGUGUACCUGAUGAACCUCAGCAUCGCCGACCUGCUUUACAUCUGCACCCUGCCACUGUGGGUUGACUACUUCCUGCACCACGACAACUGGAUCCACGGCCCCGGGUCCUGCAAGCUCUUCGGGUUCAUCUUCUACACCAACAUCUACAUCAGCAUCGCCUUCCUGUGCUGCAUCUCGGUGGACCGCUACCUGGCCGUGGCCCACCCACUGCGGUUUGCCCGCCUGCGCCGGGUCAAGACGGCCGUGGCCGUGAGCUCCGUGGUCUGGGCCACGGAGCUGGGGGCCAACUCGGCACCCCUGUUCCACGACGAGCUCUUCCGCGACCGCUACAACCACACCUUCUGCUUCGAGAAGUUCCCUAUGGAGGGCUGGGUGGCCUGGAUGAACCUCUACCGGGUUUUCGUGGGCUUCCUCUUCCCGUGGGCCCUCAUGCUGCUGUCUUACUGCGGCAUCCUGCGGGCUGUGCGGGGCAGCGUGUCCACCGAGCGCCAGGAGAAGGCCAAGAUCAAGCGGCUGGCCCUGAGCCUCAUCGCCAUCGUGCUGGUCUGCUUCGCGCCCUACCACGUGCUCCUGCUCUCGCGCAGUGCUGUCUACCUGGGCCGCCCAUGGGACUGUGGCUUCGAGGAGCGCGUCUUCUCGGCCUACCACAGCUCGCUGGCCUUCACCAGCCUCAACUGUGUGGCUGACCCCAUCCUCUACUGCCUCGUCAACGAGGGGGCCCGCAGCGAUGUGGCCAAGGCCCUUCACAAUCUGCUCCACUUCCUGGCCAGUGACAAACCACAGGAGAUGGCCAACGCCUCGCUCACCCUGGAGACCCCGCUCACUUCCAAGAGGAACAGCAUGGCCAAGGCCAUGGCAGCUGGCUGGGCGGCAGCUCCGCCCUCCCAAGCGGACCACGUGCAGCUGAAGACGCUGCCGCCCGCACAGUGACCCUCCACUCGUGCAGAACCCCCCCACUCCUCGAAUGUUAUCCCACACUCCCUUCCCUCCUGGUCUGAUGUAAGCAAACUGUAUGCAAACGAGGCCGUGUUCCUAGUCAUAAGAGUAGAAGAAAAAAACAGGAAAACAGUGAGGCUGGUGGGUCAGUCAUCAUCCUCUACCAUGACCCCCUAACAAUUCGGUUGAACUGUGCCUAGCACUGUGCUGGCUGGUGCUAGCGACACAGCGGUGACGAAUGGCCCUCCUUCACAUGCUCCCACUCCGAUGGGGGAGACAGACCUGUCCCCAGACAGGGAUGACCCAGAGUGCAUGGGGCUCACACAGGGGCGCCCAGAGGGCAUCUGACCCAGGCUGAGGGUCAGGGAGGGCUCCCUGGAGGAGGGGACAAGGAAAUUAAGUCAAAUAUUCGGUCUCCAGAAGGUAACGACAAAAGGAGAGAGAGAAAAAAAAAGGAUUAUUUCCAACAAGGAGGUAAAAUUUGGGGACUGAAGGGGAAGAUGGGAGAAGAAAUUCACCGAGGGGCAGAAUGGUCAUUUUCACCCUUGGGAAGCCCCUGGUCAUCUGAGGGAGUGAGGGCAAGAAGAGCGAGUGUGAGUUUCUAGAUAAACAGCAUUCUCCAAGUCAGGACUGAGGGGGAGGCAGACUCAGAACCCAAGUGAAGGGCAAUCGGGGCAGACCAGCUGGAGGAGAGCUGAGCAGGGCAGGCUUGGGAAGGGGCUCAGGACAAGAGAAGGGUAUUUAUUCAUUCAUUCAUUCAUUCAUUCAUUCAAUAGAGAUUUAUUUAUAUCCACUCUCGGCCCAGCCCUGUGUUGGCUGGGGCUAGGGACGCAAGGGUGACCAAGACAGCCCAGGCCCCCACCCUCAUGGAGCUCAUGGUAAACAAGUAAAUAAAAAUAAAUAUAAUGUUUGGAAUUGAUAAGUGUCCUGGGGAAAAAGAAAGCCGAUUGAGGGGACAGAGAAUGACACAGACUCGGAUCUAGAGAAGGAGGUCAGGGGAGGGCUCACUGGAAGGUGACAUUGGAACAAAGAGCAGGUGCGGGGGGGGGGGAGUGGUCAGCCCUGUGGCUGUCAGGCAGAAGAGGACUUUGGGCAGGGGGAACAGUAAGUGCAAAGCCUCUGGAGCGAGAGAGUACCUGAGUUUUGAGGGAGAGCAAGUGGAGUGGUGCAGCUGGAGCAGGUGGGAGGCUGGGAGGGUGAGAGGAAUGGUUGAUGAUUGAUGGGACUGGCAAGGGACUGGCAAGGGACAGGCCGAUCUUUGGAUCAGGGUUUUGUAGGUCCUGGGGAGGACUUUUCCUUUUACUCUGAAAUAAAGGAGAGCCACAAGAGGACUCUUGGCAAAGGAGGGAUGGGAUCUGACUUAAACGUUAACAGGAUCCCGGCGGCCCCGAGUGGAAACAAUAUGGGAAGGGCAGCAGCCUGGAGGCCAGCGAGGCCAGCGACAGGUGACUGCAAUAGUCCAGGCGGGAGAUGUGGGCAGCUGAA